AUGAAUGGGCAGGCGAAUGAACAGAUGAGUGGGCGAGUGAAUGAGCAGGGGAUCGACCAAAAUGAAGAGUCCUUUUUUGAUCAAGAUGAAAAAUCCACGCAUGAGAAUGGGAGAGAUGCAAAGGAAAAGGAAUCAGGGAAUGAUGAAAUCGACCCAUUGGACGAAUUCAUGAUGGAAAUAAAUAAGGUUCUCGAGGAGGAAAAGCAGAAUGCCAAAGUAUACGAAGAGAAGAAAAACAAUUUAGUACCUAAUGAAACAAAAAGUGUAAGCAGUAAUUAUGUAGACAAUGGAGGGGAUAAUUGUGCAGGAAAUAGAACAGAAACUCGUAGGGGAAAUAAUAGCAACCGUUGCAGGACAUACUUCGUGAAGCAAAGCAAAAUUAAUCAUGAUACAAUGAAAGAUGAAGAAAGGACAAAUGAUCAUACAUUAGAUAGUGAUGAGAAAAAUGGACAUACGGCAAAUUACCUUGCUUGGGGGGGGGGUCAUACAAACCAAGAUGAUGAUAGCCUAGAUGACAAUGACGUCACAGCCGAUAUUUACGAAUUUUUGGAGAAAAAAAACGAAGAGAUGGCCAAUGAAAAACGGCGUGCCGAAGCACAUGGAGGGAAAAAUGCUACACACGCAAGAGGCACGAUGGAUGAUCACGAAAAAGAUUCAGAAGAUGGAGACUUUUUCCACAACGAAAGAAAUAACAAUAGGGAAAACGAGUUAAUAGAAAAUGAUAUUAAUUAUGAAGAAAUACAACUUGACCAUUUUGACAAAGACAUCUUUGUUACAGAUGCAAGUAUUACAAACUUUACCCUAGAAGAAAGUGUAGAAUAUAAGAAGAAAAACAAUAUUACAACAAUAGGAUUCAACGUUCCCAAACCCAUUUUCUCCUUUUUACAAUUAAAAAAUGUCAUAGAUAAGGACAUAUUAGAAAAUAUGUACAAUGUAUCAAUUAGUAUUUUGUCACCUAUUCAAAGUAUUGUUAUUCCAAUUUUUUUAAGUGGUCGAGAUUUUAUUGCUAACAGCAGAACGGGUUCAGGAAAGACACUGUCAUUCAUUUUAUCUUUAAUAAUUCAUUUGUUAAAUUAUAAACAAAUUGAAAAAAAUAAAAAUAAAAAAGUCGACAAGGAAAAUAUCCUAGACGAACAACAAAAUUUGACACCAUCACACAUAGUGUCAUCGUCUUUGCAUAAAUACAAUCCCUCAUCCCACGCUCUCAUACUAACACCUACGAGAGAGUUGUGUGUGCAGAUACUUGAAAAUAUUAACAAACUCUCCAUGAAUAAAUUAAAAUCGUGCAUUUUAUUUAGUGGAAUUAACUAUAAAAAGGCGUAUGAUGAUAUUCACCGAGGAGUGGAUAUCAUAAUUGCAAAUGUAAAAACGUUAAUAAAUUUUGUAAAUAAAAAAUAUAUAUUCUUAACUAAUAUUAAGUAUGUCAUUUUGGAUGAAUUUGAUAGACUUUUUUCAAAACAAUUUGUUCAUUCAGUUACAUCAAUUUUGAAAAAUAUAAGGCCAGAUGCAAUUAAAGGAUUAUUUUCAUCCACAUUUUCUGAACAAUCAUGUGAAUUGGCCAAACCGUAUUUAAAUAAAAAAUUUAUCAUAAUAAAAGUAGGAGAAAAUAAUGUUCUCAUUGAUAAAAAGUUUUAUAUUAUUGAAGAAAAUUAUAAAUAUAGUUAUUUACUAAAGUGCCUCCAUACUUGUAUCCCAAAUGGACAAGGAUUUAUUUUUUGUAAUAGCAAAAAAAAUGUUAUGAUUUUAUAUGAAAAAUUGAAAAAAGAAUUGUCACUCAGGCAUAUAUCCUUUGAUUAUAUAUAUGGAGAUAUAGACCAAACCGAAAGGAUGUACAAAUUCGAGUCUUUGAAGAAAAAAAAAACACACAUUUUGAUAAGCACAGAUCUUAUGGCAAGGGGUAUAGACGUCGUCAAUUUGAGCUUUGUCAUCAACUACGACUGUCCUAAUGACCUUUUUGUUUAUAUCCAUAGGAUAGGCAGAUGUUCUCGUAUUAACAAUAGAGGACACGCCAUAACGUUCAUACAAACAUCAGAAAAAAGAAUAGCAUUUCUGAUUUACAACUAUUUAAAGAACAAAAAAGAAAAAAUAGAUGAAGAACUAGAAAACUUUAUUCUGAAGAACAACCUGCAUAACGAUUUUCAAAUGAAAAAAAUGAAAAGGAAAAUGAAUGAGACCAUUUUUAAUAUAUCAGCAAAGAAAGCAAAGCAACCAGAUGAUGAUAACUCAUCAUCGCAAAAUGAUCUUGCAUUUAAAAGAAUGUCUGCACCAUCUACAAAUACAGAAGAUGCUUUAAAAAAUGUAAAAUUUAUUUCACCAAAUGAUAUUUUAUCAUCUUCAGAUGAAGAAUAUUAA